CCGUUAUAUAUCGCGCUCUUUUUGAACAUAACCUAAAAGUUAUCCCGCAACCAGUACAAAAACAAGAGGUCGAAGAAGUGUGAAAUUUUUAAACAAUGGUUUUAUGUAACGUAGAAUGUUUAGAAAGAAUUUCAAAUUACUUAGAUGUUUCACCGCUACCACUAGAAAUGCAAGAAAAUGUAAUCGUUACUACGGAAAGGGAAUCAAAUGAAAAGAUAGAAGGGUUUAGUACUAUAAUUCAACUGUUGAUUGAAAAUUCGAAGUAUCCUGACAUACUUGGUAUUGACAAUGAAAUGAAAGCAUUAUCACGUCAGUGGCUGGAAUAUGCAGUUGUCUGCGUUAAUUACGCUGAUACUCCUGCUAAUGCAAAAAGAGUCUUGCAGGAAUUAAAUGUUACAUUAAGAGACAAGACAUAUUUAACCGGUACAGAGAAAACCAUUGCUGAUGUUACAUUGUAUUAUGCUCUACAUUCAAUAAUGCGGGAAUUAACUCAUCAAGAGAAAGCUCAAUAUGUACAUGUCUCAAGAUGGUUUGAUAACAUGCAACAAGAAGAAAAGUUAAGACAGCAAUUAGAUUUAAUUUCUUUCGAUUUGUUACAUCUAUUUUUAUGAAUAAAGUAAAGAAAUAGUAGUAAUUUUAUAGACAUUACAUAUUAUUGUUAAAAUAACUUAAGGAACAAUAACAGACAGUUACAUAUUUAUUUGUCAACUUAUGGAAAUAGAAGUAACUAAAUUGACAAAAUAUAAAAUUUAAAACAUAAUGUA